CUGUAGCUGGAAAUCAGUUGCUGUAGAGUGAUUUGACGAAGGGAGACUCUUGUGGAUGGACCAUCAUCGCGCUGUUUAGGCUGCCUGCUACACGCAUGUGAUGUUUCGGUGAAUUUUGGAAAUAUACGGAGGGGAAAAAAAGACGCAAGUGAAUUUUGCAUGUCAGGAGCGGAAGAUCGAGUCGCCGGUCAACGGCUGUUUUCCGUUUUUCAUCGCUUUUUUCUGAUGACAUUUUAAUUAAUCGGAGGCAUGUGGAAUUGUACUAGGAUUACGAAUUGCCUCUCAAUAGUGUGCCUGCUGUUGACGGUAUGGUCGGAGGUGGCCCAGUCCACUGGCUAUUUCGAGCUGCAGUUGAUAACCGUUCAGAAUGUGAACGGUGAGUUAUCGGACGGGGAAUGCUGUGAUGGCACAAGGAACUCGCAGGAUCUGCGCUGUAAUCGGGACGAGUGCGACACUUAUUUUAAAAUCUGCCUGAAGGAAUACCAAACCGAGGUUACCACUUCUGGCCCAUGCAUCUACGGAGAUCGGUCCACUGGCGUUCUUGGUGGAAAUAUAUUUUCUUUUAAGAAUACCAAAAAUAAGAACAAAAUCAACGAUGCUGGCAAGAUUCUUAUCCCUUUCCAGUUCGCUUGGCCGCGGGCGUACUCUCUCAUCGUGGAGGCCUGGGACUGGGACAACACCACCCGCAACAAUGACGAGGAGCUGCUGAUCGAACGGAGCAUCCACACGGGGAUGGUCAACCCCGGGGACCACUGGCAGACCAUCAACCACGACGGCCCCGUGGCGCGCAUCGAGUACCGCAUCCGCGUCCGCUGCGACGAGAACUACUACGGCAGCAAGUGCAACGACCAGUGCAGGCCCCGCGACGACUACUUUGGCCACUAUCGCUGCGAGCAGUCGGGCAACCGCGUGUGUCUGCAGGGCUGGAUGGGCCCUGAAUGCAGGACAGCGAUCUGCAAACAAGGCUGCAACCUUCUGCACGGAGGCUGCUUGGUCCCAGGGCAAUGCAGCUGUAACUACGGCUGGCAGGGCCAGUUCUGCGACGAGUGCGUGCCCUAUCCCGGCUGUAUCCACGGGACAUGCGUCAACCCUUGGCAGUGCAGCUGUGAGAGGAACUGGGGUGGUCUGCUGUGCGACAAAGAUCUCAACUACUGCGGCCGACACCAGCCGUGCGUCAACGGAGGCACCUGCAUGAACACCGAGCCGGACGAGUACCACUGCGCCUGUCCAGACGGCUACUCCGGCAAGACCUGCCAGAUCGCCGAACACGCCUGUACGUCCGACCCCUGUGCCAACGGGGGCACGUGCCACGAGGUCCCCACCGGGUUCGAGUGUCACUGCCCGCUGGGCUGGGAGGGCCCCACCUGCGCCAAAGACAUCGACGAGUGUGCGUCCAGCCCCUGUGCUCAGGGCGGGACGUGUAUUGACCUGGAGAACGGCUUCGAGUGCGUGUGCCCUCCGCAGUGGGCCGGGAAGACGUGCCAGAUAGAUGCUAAUGAGUGUGUGGGGAAGCCGUGUCUAAACGCUUAUUCUUGCAAAAAUUUAAUUGGUGGAUAUCACUGCGACUGCUUUCAAGGAUGGUCCGGCAAGAACUGUGAUAUCAAUGUAAAGGGCUGUCAUGGACAGUGCCAGAAUGGAGCAACAUGCAAGGAGGGUGCGCGAGGUUAUCGCUGUCAGUGCCCGGUGGGUUUCGUAGGCACGCAUUGCGAGAUUCAGCGCAACAAGUGUGCCAGCGGCCCCUGUCACAACGGCGGCCGGUGCCACUCGGUGCUGGACAGCUUCGUCUGCGAGUGUCCGUCUCAGUUCUCCGGGGAACUCUGCGAGGUGCCAAGCUGGUCCCCCUCUAACCCGUGUGAGCCCAGCCCCUGCGAGAACGAGGCGUCGUGUCACAGCUUGGUCGGGGACUUCUACUGCGCCUGUCGCGAGGGCUACGAAGGCAAAACCUGCUCUGACCUCAAGGACCACUGCAGGACCACCCCCUGCCAAGUAAUUGACAGUUGCACGAUCACCGUGGCGACCAAUGAGACGGCGGAGGGGGUGCGUCACAUCUCGUCGAACGUGUGCGGUCCCCGGGGGCGUUGCCUCAGCCAGCCGGACGGCAACUUCACCUGCGCCUGCGACCCGGGAUUCAGUGGAACCUACUGCCACGAGAAUGUGAACGACUGCGUGAGCGAGCCGUGUCGCAACGGUGGCACCUGCAUCGACGGCAUCAACUCGUUCCAGUGCUUCUGCCCCGACGGCUGGGAGGGCCGCCUGUGUGACCUCAAUGUAAACGAAUGUGGGCACAACCCAUGCAAGAACGGAGGGCUCUGCUUGGACCUGGUGAACGACUUCUACUGCCAGUGUACCAACAACUGGAAAGGAAAAACCUGCCAUUCUCGUGAAAGCCAAUGCGACGCUAGCACCUGCAGCAACGGGGGCACCUGUUACGACCACGGAGACGCCUUUCGCUGUGCCUGCCCCUCAGGAUGGGGUGGCAGCACCUGCAACACAGCCAAAAUCAGCACCUGUGCAUCCAGCCCGUGCUCCAACGGGGGCACCUGUGUGGGGGGCGGAGACACCUUCACCUGCAUCUGUAAGGAGGGCUGGGAGGGCCCCGCCUGUGCCCACAACACCGAUGACUGCAACCCUCACCCAUGCUACAACGGCGGGAUCUGCGUAGAUGGCGUCAACUGGUUUCGCUGCGAGUGCGCCCCUGGGUUUGCCGGACCCGACUGCCGCAUCAACAUAGACGAAUGCCAGUCCUCCCCCUGUGCGUACGGCGCCACCUGUGUGGACGAGAUCAACGGCUACCGCUGUCUGUGCCCGCUGGGGCGGACGGGCUCCAGAUGCCAGGAGUUUAUAGGUAUAGGGAAGACUUGCCACUACGCUGGCCUGCAGUUCCCCCACGGUAGUCGAUGGGAGGAGGAGUGUAACAACUGCCAAUGCAUCAAUGGCAACGUGGAGUGUACCAAGGUCCUGUGCGGCCGUCCGCUGUGCCUUCUCCAGGAGCUGCCGUCCCGGGGCGCCGGGCAGCAGGGACGUCCGUGCCCCGGCGGGCGCGAGUGCCAGGAGCACAGCGUCCUCACCUGCUUCUCUCCCCCCUGCCGCCAAUGGGGGGUCUGCUCCCUGCCGGACCCCCCCCCUCCUCCACCCGCCGUGCCCACCAAGUGCCGGCCCAACAGCGGGCACCUGGACAACAACUGCGCUCGCAUCUCGCUCGUUUUCAACCGCGUGAAAGUUCCAGCGGGUACGACCGUCGAGAACAUCUGCUCGGAGCUGAGGUAUCUCCAAGCCACUCGGACCCUAGCCAAAGACCACGCCCUCCUUCUGAUGUGCGAGCUGUCCGACUCCGAUCAGAACACGGUAGAGGUGGCCAUAUCGUUCCAGCCUGAGGAGCAGCCCGAUCACAGUCUCAUCCAGGAGACGGCCAGCGCCAUCGUCGGCACGCUCUCCAAGCGCCAAAACAGCACCGUCAUGCUGGCUGUCAUUGAGGUCAAAGUGGAAACGCAGGUCAUGCCCCCCUCUGCCGAUUACCUGGUGCCUAUCCUCUGCGGGUUGUUCUGCCUUCUGUGGCUCUUCUGCAUCAUUGUCUGUGUGUGGUGGACUCGCAAGCGCAGAAAAGGGCGGGAGAGGAGGGCGCGCGCCACCGCCGAGGAGAGCGUCAACAACCAAUGGGAGCCCCUGCGGCCAGUGGCGGGGCGCCGACAGCAGCAGCAGCUCAAAGAGAACAACAGGGAGGCCCAGCAGGAGCGUAAGAAGCUCAUGGGCUCCCCCUACAGGACGAGUGACGGAGGGGAGGAAGAGGAGGAGGAGGAGGAGGAGACUGAGGGAGAGCUGGAGGUGGAGCUGGAGGAUGGAGGGGCAGAGUCUGGGAAGAGGCCUGUCUGUAAGUACUCUAAGAAUGACGCGCCGUCCAAAGUGGUCGUGAUCUGCACCACGCAGAGCUCCUCCAGUUCGCCCCUCAAAGCACCUCACCGGACCACCUACAGCCCAAAAGACAACCGCUGGAAAAAUGUCAACGCCGCCAUUGGCGGCCAAGACCUCAAAGAUCAUUGCGUGUAAACAGACUCGCUCCACUGCUUAAGCGAAGAGAAAGAGGACAUUUGAACCACUAAGAAAGAGGACAAACACUUUUUGGCGUUUAAAAGAGAACCAUUUGGUUUGACUUCAGUUUUGUUGCUGUCAUCUGUAAGAUACUUUCUGGAUGCAAAAGGCGUUUUUUGGCUUUAGUUGACAUUAGCAUUUUUAUUUUUUUAUGUACAGAUGAUAUGUAUUACUCAUAGGCCUCCAGUCCUUUUGAAAUGUACCGUUUGAAAAAAAAACGAAGAAAAGUCUGAAUGGAGGCAAAAAAGAGAACCUUUAUAAAGAAGUUUUUUGUUUACAGAUGAUUGUGGAUUUCUUUGAUUCCGAACGGUCUCCCUCAAUGUGGAGAACACGAGUUAAAAGGGGGUUAGGGGAAAUCCUUUCGGGUGACUGACCGCGGCCAACCCGCCCCUCUCUCCGUCGCACCUCGGCACACCAGCCUGUCUACGUGCGGCCGUGCUGCGCCAGCCUUAGCUCGCGGCCUGGAGUGUGCUCGAGGUGAGGCGGAGGGGGGAGAACCCCAGUGCCUACGAUGUGGCCUUCCAUUCUGUUUCUCCCGUCUCUCGGUUUUCUUGGCGGAAAGCUCUUUUUAAGACUUUUGCAGUAUUUGAGUUGGUAGCAAGUGCCUUUCAGUGAGUCUCCCCCUACUCCCAAGUGUCACUGCUCCAUUUGACCUCCCUGUGGUUAGAACUCGGUCAAAGGGAGUAGGUGUGAAUUUGGAAAAUUCCACCCCUUCACACCAAACACCGUUCAAGGUAUUUGAUUAAAAAAAUGAAAAGAAAAAAUAAAUCAAUCUGUACAUACGUGUAUAUACUAAAGGAGUCGCUGUGUAUAUUUGAAUUUAGUAAUUUAAAAGUCACAUUUUUAUUAAUAUUAUUGUUAUUAUUAUAAUUAUUAUUAUUUUGGAUUCUUUUAAUUUUUUUUACAAUGCCAUUCCUUUUAUUUAUGCCAUUUGACAGGGAGGUUUUAUAACCGUUCAUAGUCGAAGAUCCAGUGCCCCAUAGUUAAAAGCAUCUGUGUAAGGGUACCAUCUGUAAGGGAUUUAUGAAGGGUUUAUCGGGGGUUAAUAAACUUUCUUUAUAGAUACUCCAGUUGUCUAUAUUAUGUUAACCCCUGUGUGAACUGAUUAUUACACUUGCCAGAUGGUGAGCAAGACGUUCGAUGUGCUCUAUAAAUACAUAAGUACACAUAUGAAUGCUAUAACAUAAAGCAAUGCCCUAUACUGUUUUUAUGGGUCAAGAAUUAUGGUUUAUGCUGUGCAUUGGCAACAGAAUUACCAUCAUGAUGUUGAUUGUUGAAUUUAUGUAUUGUAUUAUGUUGUUUAAUUUCUGAACAAUUUUCUUUCAUUCAUGUUUGUACUCGAUGAUUAUUUGCAAAGUCACUCUGAGUCACAAUAGUUUAAAUAACUCUUCUUUGUUUUGUUUAACAUCUUGCAGUUGUGCAUUCAUGUCAUUCGAUCAAGACAGAAAACGGCUACCCAGUUUGGCAAGUUACUCGAGGCGAUAGUCACCACAUUUAAAGUAUUGACAAAAAAGAAUAUUUUCUACAGUAUGAACCGUUUGAGAAUUUUAAACCCAUCCCAAAACUUUUAUUGUUGGUGCCUUAAUGGUCGUGUAAUGCAUAUUUAUGUAAUCAACAGUCAUCUUUUUUAUGUUGUUGUUGGUUUGUUUUGACAAUUAAGGAAAGUAACAAAAAAAUUGUGCGGUGUAAUUGUGGCAUGUUUCUUUUGCAUCAGUAAAGCUCUCUCCCUGUCUCAGUUUGCUGUCAUGGAGUUUUCUGGAAGAAAAAUACAUUAAUGGACUCUUAAAUCCUCUUGGCUUUUGUACAGUAUGUGGAUGCCAGUUUGUCAAACCAUGUAAAAAUAAUGUACCUAUAUUGUCCACAUCUGCCUUCCAGCCUGUAUUUUGGUUCAAGGCUUUCAUGAAGGGAACAAUGUUUUGUUAUCAUGCAGUUGUUUUGAGGUACCAACUCAAUCCAAAAUUACUUACCUCAGAAGUUGGCAGUGACUGAUUUUUGUUCGUGUUUUAAUUUCUUUUGUUUUGUUUAUUUUCCGUUCAAAUCCAUGUCUGAUUUAGCUACCAUGUUUCCUUAAAAUGGGACGCCGCAAAAUAAAAAUAAAAAUUCAAACACUAUGCCCAGA